GCAGCAGAAAAACUGUUCACCACUCACCAACUAGUUCGCCAUGAAGUUACAGCUAGCAGCACUGGACAUCUUGUUCCUGUUCAUAUUGCUCUCCUGUGAGAGCUGGGGCAGGAACGAGGAGGAGCGUCUGAUCAACCACCUGUUCAGAGAGCGAAAAUACAACAAAGAGUUGCGUCCUGUCGAGAAGCAGCAGGAUGCUGUCGACAUCUACCUCAGCCUCACGCUCUCUAAUCUCAUCUCCCUGAAAGAAGUCGACGAGACACUGCUGACAAACGUAUGGAUAGAACAUACAUGGGUCGACUACCGGCUGUCAUGGAAUUCGACCGAGUUUGAUGGCAUUGGGGUGCUUCGCCUGCCGCCCAGAUUGGUGUGGCUCCCAGAGAUUGUACUGGAAAACAAUAACGAUGCCAAGUUCAAGGAGGCUUAUUCCAGCAACAUACUGCUGUACCCCAGUGGUCAAUGCUACUGGUUGCCUCCCGCCAUCUUCCACUCCUCCUGCUCCAUCAACGUCAAAUACUUCCCCUUUGACUGGCAGAACUGCACCCUCAAAUUCACUUCUCUGACCUACAAUGCCAAAGAGAUUAGGAUGCUGCUGAUGAUUGACACAGACACCAACUGUACGAAGGAGUGGAUCGUCAUUGACUCAGCGAGUUUCACGGACAACGGUGAGUGGGACAUCAUCCAUCGGCCGGCCAAGAGAAACACCUUCAAGCACAUUCCCAAGGAGAGCAACAAGCACCAGGACAUCACCUUCUACCUGAUCAUCAAACGUAAACCUCUCUUCUACAUCGUCAACAUCAUCAUCCCCUGUGUGCUCAUCUCCUUCCUGGCCUCGCUCGUCUACUACCUGCCCGCUGACAGUGGAGAGAAGAUGACCUUGUCCAUCUCGGUGCUGCUGGCUCAGUCCGUCUUCCUGCUGCUGAUCUCUCAACGGCUGCCAGAGACCUCCCUGUCUGUUCCACUGAUUGUCAAGUACCUGAUGUUCAUCAUGGUGUUGGUCACGGUGGUGGUGCUGAACUGCGUGGUCGUCCUCAACCUGCACUUUAGGACGCCGAGCACACACGUCAUGUCUGAGUGGACAAAGAAGUUCUUCCUUGAACGGUUGCCCCGGAUCUUGCACAUGUCCCAUCCUGCAGAGCCAGAGCCGUACUGGGACGGAGCGUUGCCACGACGAUCCAGCUCGGUGGGGUACAUCGCCACGGCAGAGGAAUACUACAGCGUCAAGUCCCGCAGUGAGCUGAUGUUCGAGAAGCAGUCUGAGAGACACGGGCUAGCGACACGGCCCACGCACGCUGCAGUUGUGAAGCCACAGGAGGAUGGAGGCGUGACGGAGCAGCUGUAUGCUGAGAUCAGACCAGCUGUGGACGGAGCGAACUACAUCAUCAAACACAUGCGCGACAAGAACGACUACAAUGAGGAGAAGGACAACUGGAGCGGCAUCGCUCGAACCGUGGACCGGCUCUGUCUCUUCCUGAUCACCCCGGUGAUGACCCUCGGCACCAUCAUCAUCUUCCUCAUGGGGAUCUACAACCACCCUCCUCCCCUGCCCUUUGAAGGCGACUCGCAUCAAUACAGAAAUGUUAACUGCCGGGUGCUUGAAGUGAAUACAUGAAUCAACACAUUAUUACUUUGUGUUUGUGUGGGUUGAAUAAACAUUUACAUUGAGUGGACUUCUUUACUUUUAGUAUUGUUGUUAUAAUUAGUUUUAAGUGCUGUUCAUACAGUAACAGGCCAGAGAUGAACAUUCAGGAGACUCUUUAUGUCAGUGGAUUUUAAUGACAUGAAUGGUUUUAAAUCAGCGACAGUACUGUAUUUGUCACCUGCUGAGAAAUGUGGGAAAUGUAUAAAAUGUGUGAGAUCUAAAGGAUGAAACAGGAAAAUAUGUAGUUUGUUCAUACGUUUUCCUUCUGGCGUCAGGUCAACAGGUAGUGAGAUGAUACAUCUCCGGAAACAACUCAACAUUUUGGACUGACCCUAUGAAUACGCAGCAACUAUUGUCAUGAUUCUUUGAAAACUGAAUCUAUGUCUCAGUGAUUUUAUAAGCACAAAAUGUUCAGUUCUCAGGGCGUCACGUGAACAUGUGUGGCAUG